AUGGCAGAUAAAUUUAAAUGUCUCAACAAAAGCUGUACUUUAUCAGGUGAUGAUGAAAGAAUGGUGGUUUGUUGGCUUUGUCAUGGCAUGUGUCAUUUUAAGUGCAGUGGAUUGACCGGUUUGGUUGCUGAAGCUGUGUGUAAAACUAAAGGUUUACAUUGGUGUUGCAAUGCCUGUCAAAAAAUUGGUGUCGAAUAUUAUCGUUUUUAUCAAAGCACUAAAAAUACAUUUCUAAAUAUUCAAAAUAAAUUAUCUGCACUGUCCAGUGAGAUAGCAGCUUAUGGUAAUCUAUAUGAAGAAUUUAAACAAUUAAAUUGUCUAAAUUCUCCACCGCAAUCUUCUCCUAAACGCCGAAAAUCAUCAAGAACCAAAAAUAAAACAAACGCUUCUCAAAGUCCUGGUGCUUCUGUUGUUUCCAAUGUUGUUGUUUCCGAUUCAAUUACACCAAGUACAUCAACGAGUAACCCCGAUAAGUAUGCUACAAUGUUGAAUACUAUAUCGGAUUCAGUAUAUUCACAUAUGCAAACUACCGCUACAUUUGUUAAUUAUGAUAAUAUUGCUGGUACUUCAAAUGCUGCUACAAAUCAAAUUUCAAAUACUGGCUUAAAAAUUAUUCCGCCUAAUAAAUCAAUUUUUAUAUCCCGUUUCGCAUCUGAUACUACUGUUGAACAAAUAAAUUUUUACAUAAAAUCAAAAUUGAAUUUUGAAGCUGACUUUACCACAUAUAAAUUUUCGUAUGCACAACCUAGGAGGAUUACAUCUUUCAAACUCAAUGUUCCCCACGAUCUUUAUGAACAAAUAGUAAAUCCUAAUUUCUGGCCUGCAAAUACUUUGGUACGUGAAUAUGAAUUUAAAGAUAAUCCAAGAAAACAUAACAUUGCUGUACUUCCGUCUGGUCACCGAUUAAAUGAUAAUUCAAACUCCAACAUUUCAAAAAACUGA